UCCUUCCUUUGUUGAACUUGAAGUCUUGAACUCUUCAAAAGCACUGACCACUCUUUCUACAAAAUAAACUAUGAGAACUUCUCUAAUGCGAACCGGUUCCGUCCCGGUUCUUAACCCGGUCCACUCCGGUUCAACUCGAACCUCCCUCUCCCGCCAAGCUUCCUUCGCCGGCGAAAACAACUACCGCGUUCAAUCACCAAAAGUCUCACUGCAUUUUCACUCCACCGACAAACAUUCCGACGGAAUCAACAGAUCUUUGUCAGAAAGCUUGAUGAUUAACUCACCAAUCAAGAAUUUCAGCUUUUCUCAGAAUCUAAAUCGAAUCGGAUCUCAAUCUUUUCCAAUUGAGGAUACCGGAUUUGGCGGCGGAGGCGGAUUCGCUCACGGUGAUGUAACAGUCACCACCGGCGGAAACGGCGGAGGAAGGAUGGAAAUCGGCGCGUAUUACGAGGAAAUGUUGAAGUCAAAUCCUGCCGACGCGCUUUUGCUGAGAAAUUACGGCAAAUAUCUUCACGAGGUAGAGAAGAAUAUGGUGAGAGCAGAGGAAUACUACGGAAGAGCGAUUCUAGCGAAUCCUGAAGAUGCGGAAUUGCUUUCGCUUUACGGAAAGUUGAUAUGGGAAAUGAGUAGAGAUGAAGAAAGAGCUAAAUCUUACUUUGAUCAAGCAAUUCAUGUUGAUCCUGAUGAUAGCACGGUGUUGGGAUCCUAUGCACACUUCAUGUGGGAAGCGGAGGAGGAGGAGGAUGAUGAUGAUGAUGAGGUGGUGGUUAACGGGGGUGGAAUGAUGGGGAAAGCAGAAGAAUCAGCGGUUGGGCUGAUCACUACUUUUUAAUAGCAACUUUCCGUAUCUUGGAUGACCAAUGAGUUUGACGAAAUAAUAUGAUUUUGUUAAGCUCUAAACUGUAACUUUCGUUAAAAGUUACUGCAACGACUUCUAACAUGAUUUAGUCAAACUCUUUGUUAAUCCACGUGUUUACUUAACCGGGAUCAUAAUGUUACUUGUAUGUUAUUAUAUGUCGCAUAGCCUUUCACGUCCGACACUAUGAACCCGGUUAAGUACAUACAGAUCUAAUUGCGACGAAUGUGAAAGGUUAUGCGACAACAAUAAAUGGUCUCUGCUCUUUUGUUAAAUGCGUCUAACUAGAAACUACAAGUAACGCCCUACCCUAUAAUUGAAGAGAGAGACUGAAACAAACCUUUGUGUAUUGUUUUUCCUACUUGUUUUGUUUCGGCAGUAACAUGCAAUGUAACUUCUUCUUUUUUUAACACAUGUAAUGUAACUGUGUACAUGUACAUUUAACUACUCUUGAAUACAUACGAGUAUCUAAAAGGUUGUAAUUUAAACUCUCUUUUCCAACGAUUUUAGAUAUGAAUAGUGAAUGUAUUAAACGUG